GCGGCAUUGACUUUAUGAAUUUUCCACCCAGCCCACUUCAUGACAGCAAAGAUUUUCUAGAAUAAGUAGUCUUAUUACACUAGUAUGAAUUGGCAGAUAUCAAGUGAAGCUGUAGUAUCAAGGAUAUCUCUAGGAAAUCACAUAGAUAGAUGUAUAUAUCAACAUUUUUUAAUACCUUUGACGGGAAAUGACCAUCAUCAAUGAUAGCAACAAAAGUUUUGGCCACAUAAAGAUUAGGAUAAUGUUCGAAGUUAUUUCCAGUUUUGAUGGAAGUGUGAAUUACAAAUCGACCUCUGGUUCUAAGAGACUGAUUCGAAAUUCAGAAUACGUUUCGAGCCAACUUCUAUUGUUGACUCCUGUCAAGGGCUUCUUCAAUUGA